AAAUUCUUCGGUAUGUUUUGGUGUAGUGGUGUGUGUUUACAAAAAAGGACUAAAAAAUGUGAUAAAAAGCAAAGAGUAGCGUUUUGUGAUGAUUUCUGACUUUAUUAAAAAUGGUUUUUCUUUUGUGUAAGAUUUGUGACCGGAAAAUCACCUUUUCCGAAUGGAAAAAGCACAUCACAAAUGAAACACAUGUAAAAAAUUUACCAACAUCAAUUUUUAUUAAAGCCAUACCCAACCAAUUUGACACAAUCUGUGAAUAUUUUGCCAAAUUUGGUAAAAUAACUAAACGAGAAGUGUCAGAUUGUGGCACAACAAUUGAAAUAUCCUACGAAAAUCCAAACAUCUAUUCUGACGUUGUGCACCAAGAACAUGCGAUUUUUGGCGAUUUAUUAAAAAUUUUCUGGUAUAAAACAGUCAAAUCUGUCAAAGUUUUGGUCAGCUUCACCAGACAGGAGGAGAUUUUCAAUAGUGCAAGUAGUCGCAUUCUCGCCUUGGCCAACUUGCUUAAAGAUUCGCAAUUAUUUGACGAUGAAGUGAAAAUUUUUAUGGACACUGUCAAGUCACAUAAUUAUGAUUUUGGUAAAAAAUGUCAAGUUAUACGUGGUUUGUUACUAUCGAAAUUUCCUCAAGUGUCACUCUAUGGAUCAAGUGUGUUAGAAUUGGAUGUGUUUAAUAGAAAUUGCAAUUUUUACGUGAUGACUAAUGAGAUGUUAUCAUUUUUGUUAAAUUCGAAUCGAUUUAGCAAUUGUUUGGAGAUAAAUGAAGGUGUGAAAUGUAUUUAUCAAGAUAAUGAGUUUCGUGUGAGUUGUUGUAUGAAUUGGGGAAAGAAUUUGUAUGUCAAAACUUGUGAUUUGAUCAAGUAUUAUUUAACGCUAAACGAAAAAUUGGUUCCUUUUGUGGCUGUUAUAAAAAUGUGGGCUUUGUGUAAUAUUCCUGAACAGGAAUAUACAUCCACUUAUAUGAUAUAUCUUAUGGUGAUUUUUUUUCUGCAACAAGAACCGUACAAAUUACCUUCGGUGGUAUCACUUCAAGAGGGCUCAUUUACCAAUUUUGUGGACGGUUGGAACUGUUAUUUUUUACCGAAAAUUGUCACAAGUCCAGCUCUUGAAAACGCAACACUUCUCGAAUUACUCUGCGGUUUUUUCAAGUUUUACUCAAAAUUUGAUUAUUUCACUUAUGUGAUAUGUCCAUAUUUGGGUUCUUCGGUGAAAAAAUCCGCGUUUCUGAGACCUCAAAACUUGCCUGAAUGCUUCGAUUAUUACACAAAAUCGGUGGAAGAAUUACAAGUCAACUCAGGAUUGUGUAUUCAAGAUCCUUUCAAGCAUUCGAGCAACGUUUCGGAAACAAUGACUGAUGAAAUGAGUGCAAAAUUAAUGAUAAUGUGUCGAGUAGCGUCGAAUUUAAUUAAAUUGGAAGUAUCAUCAAAUUUGCUUUAUCAAUUAUUGAUGCACACUAUGGACAAAACUCAAUAUGAACCAAUAGCUUUUGAGAAAAAUUGCGAAAUGGAUGAGAAAUUAUGGUCACAGAAAGUCACAAAUGCUCUUUAUAAAAUCCUAACAGAAAUUUUAUGUUUGAAUGUUAAGACACAGUUGACACAUUUGGUCAAUUGUGUAAUGUAUUCUUGCACAUCACAAGUUAACAACAACAAUUCGAAGAAACUCAAACUUGAUAAAGAAAUUCUCAAGAAUUCGAAUGAAUUUCUAGUUUCGAAAAGAUUCGUGGGAAAAGUUACAGUGGAAUUGAUUUUUAAUUAUAACAAAGUUACCAUCACCGUCAAGAAAAAUAACAAUGUUUGUUAUCAUCUCGCACAUUUGAUUUUCGUUAAAUUACAGAGUUUUUUCCCCGAAAACAAGAGUGAAGUUUCACACAAUUUAGUCGUUCCAAGUACAAGUCAUGAAAGUGAAAACAUUGUGAGUGAUACCACCACACCAAACAAUUUGGUCCAAGUAAUAAUCAAACAAUUGAAGUCAGGUACCAACCUCCUCCAUCAGUUGCUACUUUUAUUAAAAAAUCUUCAAGUGAAGAAUUACAAGGAUUUUAUCGUUAAUGACUUGAAAUUUGUACUAGUAUCAAAAUUUCCUAAAAUGAAACUUUUUACGUUUGGUUCAAAAGAAAUGAAAGUUGAUACUUGUUUCAGUCACUUGGAUUUGUCAUUAGACAAAAUUGAAUCAAGUGAUAUGAGUGUGAUAAGUGAGCUGUUAUCAAAAUCUGACAUUUUUACCAACGUUUCAUUUGUUAAUAAUGCAAUUCAAUGUACACAUCAAGCAACCAAAACCAUUUGUAAAUUAUGGUUUGUAAACCACUUGUGGUUGGCUAAUGACCGAUUAUUGCGAUGGUACUUCAAAUUUGGGGUUAUUAUACGUCAAAUGUGUAUGGUUGUGAAAUUUUGGACACUUUGUAAUAAUCUUGAAGGUGAUUUUACGUCAUAUGUUGUUUAUUUGUUGGUGAUUUUUUACCUUCAACAAACCAAGAUUCCUUCAGUAAAGACAUUACAAAAAGAUGCUCCUAAAUUCACAAUAAACAAGUGGAAUUGUGGUUUUAAGAGUGGUUUAAGUCGUGACGACAAUUUCAAAGGUGCAAAACUCACCCAACUUCUCGCUGGUUUUUUUCAUUUUUAUAGCAAUUUUGACUACAUUUCGUAUGUGAUUUCGCCACAUUAUGGCACAUCAAUUCACAAAAUCAACUUGCCUGAAGCCUUCGAAAACUCAGGCUUGUGUGUGCAAGAUUUUUUCAUUCUUUCAUCAAACGUCACUGCUUCAAUGCCCUUAAAUAUUGCUGGAAUUUUCACAAAUUUGUGCCAAAAAACAUACAGAGUGUUCACUCUAUCAAGUCCACAAUUACACACAGUUUUGUCACGUUGUGGUACCACUGAUUCCACUAGUUUCUUAAUUGAAAUGGAUCAAGGACGUAACGAACCAGCCUGGCGACAAUCAAUCAAAGAACACACUCUUAAAAUCGUAACAAAAAUUUUUGCUUGCAAAAUUAUCAAUAUUAACAACAGUGAUGCUGAUUAUAAGUGUGAUUUCGUCGAACUGAAACAUUUUUGGGAUAAAAGAGAGAGUUUUAUGAAACAAUUGAAUUCCAGUGAUAUUGAAAGAGAUGUAGCAAUUACUACACAUAUCACUAAAGUGUUACCCGGUGAUGCGGAUUGGAAGUCAUCACUUGAAUUAAAAUUUUACCAAAAUCCACCAAAAGUACAAAUUACCAUCACAGGAAAUCACAAUCAUGCACAUACCAGUCAUUUUUUUCACACAAGACUUGUGAAAUUAUUAGGGGAAAAACCGGUCGAAAAUGACAUACAAGUAUCAUUGCUUGGCAACGAUGAGGAAUAUGAUGAGUGGACCGGUAACUACGCCGAAUUAUACCGACAAACAUGUGAAAAUAUCGAAGGUGAUUAUUUUUUUCAAUUAUCAGCGUUGAGAAAGAUUCAAAAAGACGCAAAGACAAACAUUGAUAUUGUUACAAAUGACGUGAAUUUGGCUCUAAAACCAAUUUUUAAUGACAUCAUUGGUUUGAGUCAAGUGUUUCUUCCUGGUGAUAUAAUUGAUAUUUUUGUGGAAAAUACUCAAGAAAGUGAGUUGGCAGGCUUGAAACUGAUCAAAUAUUUGAUUAGUAAAAGUGGUGACUUUUGUGAUGUUUCAAUUGUGAAAAAACAUCAAAUUUUAGUUGUAACUUGUACUCAUGAAAAAACCAAAAUUGUUUGUCAUUUAAAUAAUCGUCAAAAGAUGGCGCAUGAUACUAGUAACUUAAUCCGGGCUUUUUUACAACGAAAACCACUUCGAUUAUUUUUCGUAAUAAUAAAAUUGUGGACUGGUCGAUGUAAAUUCAAGGAUGAAUGUGGUUUUACCGGCUAUAUUUUCACUUUAAUGAUAGUUUUUUUCUUGCAACAGGAGUUGCAAUAUCCCUCAAUUACCGACUUACAGAAACCUGUAAAAUGUAAGAUUGUUGAUGGCUGGAAUUGUGCUUUCGAAUAUCCCAAAUUGAGUAAAAUUCCGAUGAGGAAGAGUCACCACGAGUUACUUGUGGCGUUUUUUAAGUUUUAUAGCGAUUUUGAUUAUAUUUCGUUGGUGAUUUCACCGUUUCUUGGAGUUGGCGUUAAAAAAACAGAGUUUUUAAAUAAGAAGUUUCCUGUGAAUUCAGGAUUGUGUGUUCAAGAUCCUUUCGAUCAUUCAUGCAAUGUUUCGGCUUCAAUUUCGUUAAACUCUUCAGGGAAGUUUGCAGAAAUGUGUCGUAGAGCGCACCAAUUAUUGGAGGGAAAUUAUGAUUUGCGACAACUGGUGAAUCCCACAAUUAGUGAUUUUUCGAGUUUCAAUAUUGUCAAAACUGGGGGUAAAACGACUCAAGAAUGGUUCCAAUUCCUCAGAAUUAACACUUUCAAAAUUUUAUUCGAUAUGCUUGGAUGUAAAGUGUCAUUAGUUGGGAAAUAUAGUGCUUCAUCUGUGACUUUUAACUGCGUUUUAAAUCAUGAUAUUUGGAGUGAAAGACUGGCCGUUUUGAAGAAAUUAAAUGAUUCAGAUGUUUUGAAUCGAGAAACUUCAGUUACGAAAUUUAUUAAGGAAAAAUGUGGAACUACUUGUUUGACGAAAUUCGUCGUUGAUAUGUUUUUUGAAAAAGAUCCGAUUUCGGUUCAAGUUCAAGUCAGAGGAGAUGAAGGAAUUUUUCAUUUAACACAUUUUAUCUAUACAAGAUUACUCCUAAUUCUCGAUAAGGAAGUUAAAAUGGAUGUGGAUCAGGGAAUUUUUACACUCGGGAUUUCCCCUGCCAAUCAGGGAAAGGAAAAUGAUGCAAAAAUGAGUGAAAUGUCGGACGGAGUUUCUUCCACCAUUGGAGGAGAGGAAAAUGAAGCAAAUCACGAGGAAUUCAUUGUAAUCUCGGACGAAGGGUCUUCCACCAUUGAGGAAGAGCAAAAUGAAGCAAAUCACGAGGAAUUCACUGAAAUCUCGGAUAAAUCUGAAGAUUUUAAGCACUUGCUAGCAAGUUUGGACGACAAUGAAAUGGGAUUUUUCUCGAAAACCGAUAAUUUAAAAACUCGAGAUUUGAUCAAAACCGAUUUGUGUUCGGCUUUAAGUUCGACUUUUCCGUCACAUAAAAUCGAAUUUUUCGGCUCGAGUGUUACAAAUGUCGGUUUUAAAAGCAGUAAUUUUGAUAUAAAUGUCGAUAAUGUGGCAACACUCGAAUUAUUACAAACUCGAAUUUUGGCUUGUAGUCGCUUUUCGAAUGUUUCGCUGAUUAAGGACAAACAAAUGAUGAUAGUGAAACAUAACGAAACCGAAGCCAACUGUUGUUUGUAUGUAAAAAACAAAAUGUGGGUGAUCACCAGCGACUUGAUCAACUAUUACCUAAGUCUGGAUCCAAAAUUACGUGAUGUUUUUUCUGUGAUUAAUUUUUGGGCCGAUUGUUACGGCUUGAAAAAUGGAUAUUUUACUAGUUAUUCAUUAAAUUUAAUGGUGAUUUUUUAUUUGCAACAAGAACCGUAUAGAUUACCCCGUGUCAAAGAUUUGCAACGAAAUACAAUCCCCGUUAUCGUAGAUGGCUGGAGUUGUGCAUUCAAUUGUCUCAAAUAUGACAGUCAAGCAUUACAAAACGCUUCAAUCAUCGAUCUAGUUAUCGGUUUUUUUCGCUAUUAUGCCAACUUUGAUUAUGUUUCGUUUGUAAUAUCGCCGUUUUUCGGAUCGGUGAUUGAGAAAUUUCGAUUUUUGAAUCAGAAUUUUGUGGUGAAUUGCGGUGUUGCCAUACAAAAUGUAUUCGAACUUUCGAAAAAUGUCUCACCGGAUGUUCCGUUAGAAUGUGUGGGGAGAUUUGCGGCCUUGUGUCGGAGUUCAGUUGAAGUUUUAACCAAAGAAUUCAAAUUGACACAUUUAUUGGAAGCUAAAGCUGAUUGUAUGUUUGAAAUUGGAAAUUUGUAUAAACGUUGCGAUGAUUUUAUUGAAAAACAAAUUUUCAAAGUUUUCAAGAUUUUGGAUGCGAAAAUGACGGAAAAAUCGACGAAAUUUAGUUACGAGUGUGAAGUUAAGAAGAGUGUUUUUGAUAAUGUGAAGAAAAUUUCAUCACCAAUUUACCCCCCCUCUGAGGUUACUAGGGAAAUAAUUGUUACAACGUUGUCAGAAGGUUUGAUCAAAUUCUCACUCAAAGUUAAUAUCACGGAAAAUAUUUGUAAAAUUGUAUUGAAUGGAGGACAAGACUUGAUUUAUUUCAUUACACACUUUAUUUAUAUCAAACUUUUGAAAUAUCUAUCAGAGAAACCACCACAAAAUUUUGAAACAAAUGAGAAUCUCAUAAAUGAAACAAUUGAAGAAGAGGAAGAUGUCCCGUCUGACUUUUUCGAUGAUUUUUCAAGCGAAGAAUUUCUUAACGGUCUUGAUUUAAAUAAUGAUGAUUUUAAAGAUAAAGCAUCUAGAAAGCGUAGUUAUAGUUUCGAAAGUUCAACACCACCAAGACAGGAGAAACAAAGAAAGACAACAUCUCUGGACUUCCCCCAAUCCUUUUGUAACUUUAAUACAUCACAGCCUACUCGACAUGAACCAGUGGAUAACAUAGAUCAAUUUUUUGUGGAGAGAAAAAUUUCCUUGUCGGAUUUUUUAACAGUAACAUCGCAACGUGAAAUUAAAACAAAUUGUGAAGAAAAAAUGAAGGUGAUAUUGCGAUGUCAAGACGCUAUUAAAAUCCUGAGUGGAGAUUUGAGUUUCCCAAGCAAGUUUAAAGUAGUCACACAACCGUCACAAUCCGAUUCUAAAUUAGAUAAAAUUAAACAUAGAUCGCCACUACAUCGAAAUCCAUUUGUUAAAUUUAAUUUUACCAAUUAUCAAGAACAAAAACUCGACAAAUUUUCACAGAUUCUAGAUCGUGUUUUACAAAAGUUGGGUUUUUUGCACGAGGAUAAUGAUUUAGAAAAUUUGAUAGAUUCGAUAAGUACAGCGUUAGUUAAUAGUCCGAUUGUGGAUAAGGAAACUGUAGCAUCGAUUUUGAAAGCGUCACUUUUGAAUUUAAAUUGUAUGACUUGUGAUUCGAAAUUAAUGAGACCACGUGUGGAUGUAGGGACGCAAUGUCGGAUUGAAAAUGAAAAAAAUGCUUUUGACGAGGAUUCAGGAACUUAUUUUGAUUGAUUUCGUAUGGGAAGAAUUUUGUUUAAGUUAGUUUUUUCGAAUGCAAGUAUUAAUUUAGUUUUAAGGAAAAGUUUAUUUUUGUUACGUAUUACAAAUGAAAGCACGUUGAAUAAAAAUUGUUUUUCUCUG